AUGGGCGAGACAAAGAAUGAGCAGGAAGAAGUAACGGUGACAGCGGCCGCCGAGAAGACGUCGGCGGUUCCAAAUAUCUCAAUGUCGUACGCCCUUCCACUACACUCAGACAUGCUGGCCGAGAUGAAAACGGAAGUAUUAGAGACAUGCAUCGUGGCUUGCGAGAAGUUUCCCGAAAACCUGGAUGAGGCUGCUUGGUUGAUCAAAAGCGAGAUGGAAAAUAAAUUCUGUGGACAUUGGCAUGUGGUAGUCGGCACUCGUCUUUCUGCUGCCGCUGCUGCCGCCGUGGCACUCGUCUUUGGCGUCGUCGUCAGCUUAAUUGUUCUUUUUCAUCCAGAUGUUCAGCAAUUUAUCCUACAACCUAGCCUCCACCGCGCCGUUAUAUCUUUAUCCUCUCAAUCCGCUCAACUUCCUACCGACUUCUAUUCGCUUUACCUAUCUGGUUAUCCACGUACAUUUCCUUCCAACAUACAAUUCUUUUUAAUUGUUGCAUUACUCAGGUUUUUCUUUUUACCAUUUUAUUUGUUCGUUUCUUUUUUUCUUUCUCUCAGCCCAUCCAUCCAAAUAUCUGCGAACGCAUCAGUCUACCUUUCCUUCUAUCCUUCAUUCUUUGUAAUUAAGAGCUUAUCGAGUUAUUUCCCAAUCUAUCUUUCCUUCUAG